AUGUCAAUACCUCUUGGAUCUCUGGGUUUUAUGAGGAAUUAUGGGAUAGAGCUUAAAGAUCAGGAGAGAUUGGAAUCGUUGAUGUGUUUAGAUAGAAGUCAUAUAGAAGAUGAAACAUUACGCCAUGCACCGUGGUAUCAAGCUGGUAUACCAAGAGAAAUAGCAUUAGAAAUUUUACAACAAGAAGAAAUAGGAUCAUUUAUUGUACGUGAUAGUACAACACAUCCUGGUUGUUUCGCACUCUCAGUUCGAGUUCCUAAAUUUGAAAACCAAAAUGGUAUUUCUCAUUAUUUGAUAUUAAAAACACAGAAAGGAGUCAAACUAAAGGGUUUAGAUAAAGUGUGGACAAAUUUAACAGCUUUAGUAACCCACCAUACAGUCAUGCCAGAGAUGUUACCAUGUACGUUACGUUUACCACGUAACUCUAAUAAUCCCACAUUUAAAGACAGUGAUAAAGAUGAUCGUGAGGAUGACCCAGAUUAUCAGAGACUAGCUGAUUUCUCAACCAUGAUGUCACAGUUAAAAAUGUGAAGACAGUGUGUUUUAUUUUUCGGAUUUUUAAGAAGGAAGCGUUUUGAAUUUGUGUUCAGUUUUAAUCAUAACUGUUUUCAGUGUGGUUGCAUGUUUUUAAAACAGACCAUUUUACAGAGAUCCAUUUUUUAUGUCUUUCGUGUGUUUUUAAGGAAUUAAAUUGGCUUACUUGAGUGACCAGUUUAUAUGCAUUUUGAUGAUCCACAUUUCCGGGAUUUGAAAGAGUGAUUUUGUGGCAUUAAAAGUUGUUUUGCUGUGGAUUUUGAAAAAUUUGAGUGAAAUUUCAGCUACAGUAGAAAAGAGCGAUAUUAUAAUAUAAAGAAACAGUGUGAACUGUAGGAAAUAUUUACAGCUGAAUUGUAGAACAGGUUCAUAGUUUU